AUGGCUCACCAUUAUUCUAAUAAGGUCAUAGGUUGCUUUCUUUUGUUUUCAUUUUUUGUUUCUUCUUCUUUAACCUUUACCUAUGGCCAAAGUCAUUUUCUCAUUGAUCCAAUAAUUAUUCCCGGUGAUGAUCUCUCAUCAUCAGGAAAUGAUUUUGGUGUUGGUGAUGCUCCAGCUCAAUCACCCGAGCCGUUGAUCGGUGAUUCUCCCGCUCCUUCGCCUGCAAAUUCUGAAAAUGGAACUCUUGACAAAUGUUUUCCUAAUGAGAGGCUAAAACAUUCUUAUGUUGCAUUUCAAGCAUGGAAAAAAGCUAUUUAUUCUGACCCUUUUAACACAACUUCUAAUUGGGUUGGUCCUGAUGUUUGUUCUUAUAAUGGUGUGUUUUGUUCUCCUGCUCUUGAUGAUCCUACAUUGAAUGUUGUUGCUGGUGUUGAUAUUAAUCACGCGGAUAUCGCCGGUCACCUUCCCGAAGAGUUAGGACUAUUGAAUGACACUGCUCUUUUCCAUAUUAACUCAAAUAGAUUCUGUGGUAUUAUUCCUGAAAGCUUUGAGAAUCUAACCCUUAUGUAUGAGUUUGAUAUCAGUAACAACCGCUUCGUCGGUGAAUUUCCAUUAGUGGUGUUAAAAUGGAAAAAUUUGAAGUUUUUGGAUAUUAGAUUCAAUGAUUUUGAAGGAGUUUUACCUCCUGAGCUAUUUGAGAAAGAACUUGAUGCAAUAUUUUUGAACAACAACCGUUUCACAUCACAUAUACCGGAAACACUUGGAAAAUCACCAGCCUCUAUUGUGAGCUUUGCAAACAAUCAUUUUACAGGUUGUAUUCCAAAAUCAAUUGGAAACAUGAAGAACUUGAAUGAGAUUGUUUUCUUAGGAAAUGGUCUUGGUGGUUGUUUUCCACAAGAGAUUGGGUUGUUAGGGGAAGUGAUAGUUUUGGAUGCUAGCAAAAAUGGGUUUGUUGGGACACUACCAAAGUUGGUUGGAUUGAAGAAUGUUGAGGUUAUUGACAUAGGACAUAACAAGUUUAGUGGUUAUGUUUCUAACACUAUUUGUCAACUACCUAGGUUGAGUAACUUUACAUUUUCUUAUAAUUACUUUAAUGGAGAAGCUCAAACAUGUGUUCCUUCAAAUAAUUCUGUUGUGGUUUUGGAUGAUGUUAAAAAUUGUUUACCUGGAAGGAAGAAUCAAAAGACAUCUAAACAAUGUUUGCCUGUUUUGACUAGACCUGUGGAUUGUAGCAAAAGUUGUGAUGGAGGAAAAGGGAAGAGUCAUGGUCCUUCAACACCUAAACCAACUCCUUCAAAUCCAUCGAAGUCUCACCCACCUAAGGUGGAGACACCAAAGGCUCCACCACCACAAAUUCCACCGACACUUCCUCCAGUUGAGGAUAUUCCACCUAUGCUACCACCGGUUGUGGAUAUUCCACCAACACUUCCACCGGUUGAGGAUAUUCCACCUAUGCUACCACCAGUUGAAGAUAUUCCACCAACUGUUUCCCCAGUGUUGUCAUCACCACCACCACCGGCACCGGUUGAGCACAAUCCACCUAUGCUACCACCAGUUGAAGAUAUUCCACCAACUGUUUCUCCAGUGUUGUCAUCACCACCACCACCGGCACCAGUUGAGCACAAUCCACCUAUGCUACCACCGGUUGAAGAUAUUCCACCAACUGUUUCCCCAGUGUUGUCAUCACCACCACCACCGGCACCGGUUGAGCACAAUCCACCUAUGCUACCACCAGUUGAAGAUAUCCCACCAACCGUUUCUCCAGUGUUGUCAUCACCACCACCAUCACCGGUUGAGCACAUUCCUCCUAUGCUACCACCCGUUGAAGAUAUUCCACCAACCGUUGCACCAGUGUCAUCACCACCACCGGUUGAGCACACACCUAUGCUACCACCAGUUGAAGAUAUUCCACCAACUGUUGCACCAGUGUCUUCACCACCACCACCAGUUUUCUCUCCUCCACCACCCUCACCUGCCUACUCCCCUCCUCCGCCAGUUAACUCUCCACCACCACCACCAGUGUACUCCCCUCCACCACCCCCGCCAGUCCAUUCUCCCCCUCCACCAGUUUAUUCUCCACCACCACCAGUUUACUCUCCUCCUCCACCACCACCAGUCAACUCUCCCCCACCACCAGUUCACUCUCCACCCCCACCAGUCCAUUCACCACCACCUCCAGUUCACUCUCCUCCCCCGCCAGUCCAUUCUCCCCCUCCACCAGUUUAUUCUCCACCACCACCAGUUUACUCUCCUCCUCCACCACCACCAGUCAACUCUCCCCCACCACCAGUUCACUCUCCACCCCCACCAGUCCAUUCACCACCACCUCCAGUUCAUUCUCCUCCCCCGCCAGUCCACUCACCACCACCUCCAGUUCACUCUCCACCCCCGCCAGUCCAUUCUCCUCCACCUCCAGUUCACUCUCCUCCCCCACCAGUCCAUUCUCCACCACCUCCAGUUCACUCACCACCCCCACCAGUUCAUUCUCCUCCUCCACCGGUCUAUUCACCACCACCACCAGUACACUCACCUCCUCCCAGAGUCAACUCACCUCCACCACCGGUCAAUUCACCACCACCACCAACAUGGGAUGACAUCACACUACCACCAAACAUUGGAGCUGAAUAUAGGUCACCUCCUCCUCCAACAAUUGCUGGAUACUAA